GAAGUGCAUGGAGGCUUCGGUUUUGGGGAGAGGAAUGGAGGAGGAACCUCGUUACUGGACUUUGCUAAGGCUUUUGGGUUGGUGAUUGCGAACUCUAGCUUUCCGAAGAGGGAGGAGCAUUUGGUUACUUUUCAGAACGCGGUGGCACAAACUCAGAUUGACUAUCUCCUCCUCAGGAGGUGUGACAGAGGGUUGUGCAAGGAUUGCAAGGUGAUACCAGGUGAGAUACUCAUGACGCGACAUAGGCUCUUGGUGAUGGACGUUGGUAUUAUGGUGAAGAAGAGGAAAAUGUGUGCUCGAGGAAGACCGAGAAUCAGGUGGGGAGCCUUAACUAAGGAUAAAGCCCAAGAAUUGGAGGGGAGGUUGUCGGCUAUGGGAGCUUGGAGAAGCAGUGGUAACGCGAGCACUAUGUGGUCAACGACAGCUGACUGUAUAAGAGAGGCUGCGAGAGAGGUGUUAGGGGUCUCGACGGGCGUCGCCGGAAAGCACAAAGGUGACUGGUGGUGGAAUGAAGUGGUACAAGGUAAAGUGGAAGCGAAGAAGGAGGCGUACUGGACGUUAGUGGGGAGCAUAGGUGAGGAGGAGAGGCGAGUGUGCAUGGAGAGGUAUAAGGUAGCUAGGAACAACGCGAAACUGGCAGUCAGAGAGGCUAAGACUGCGGCUUAUAGUCGUAUGUACGAGGAGCUAGGGGAAAAAGGCGGAGAGAAGAAGUUAUUUAGGCUGUCCAAGCUGAGAGAGAGGAAAGCUCGAGAUUUAGACCGAGUGAGAUGCAUCAAGGACGACGAUGGUAGAGUAUUGAUGGAAGAUUCCCAGAUUAAGAGGAGAUGACAGACUUACUUUCAAAAACUUCUUAACGAAGCAGAGGAUCGGGAUAUUGUGCUCGGUGGAUUGGAGUAUUCCGAGAGUCACAAUGACCUUGGGUACUGCAGGCGCAUCAAGGUUGAGGAGGUCGCGGGAGCUAUGAGUAAGAUGAGUAGGGGCAAAGCGACCUGGCCUGACGAGAUUCCGGUAGAAUUUUGGAAGUGUGUGGGGAAAGCAGGUUUGGAGUGGUUGACUAGGUUGUUGAAUGUUAUUUUUAAGGCGAAGAGGAUGCCGGAAGAGUGGAGGUGGAAUACGGUGGUCCCACUGUAUAAGAACAAGGGUGAUAUUCAAAGCUGUAACAAUAUAGGGGUAUCAAAUUACUGAGUCAUACUAUGAAAAUAUGGGAGAGGGUGGUUGAAGCGAGGUUGAGGAUGACGGUGUCCGUUGACAACCAGUUUGGUUUCAUGCCAGGUCGUUCUACUACAGAAGCUAUACACCUUGUUAGGAGGUUGGUUGAACAGUAUAGGGAUAGGAAGAAAGACCUGAAUAUGGUGUUUAUUGACCUAGAAAAAGCGUAUGAUAAGGUUCCUAGAGAAGUUCUUUGGAGAAGCUUGAAGGCAAAAGGCGUGCCGGUUCCCUACAUUAUGGCGAUUAAGGACAUGUAUGAUGGGGCGAAGACUCGGGU